GGAUGGCAUGCAAGUGUGGCAGAGAUGGCACGCCUGACCGUUUGCCCAUGGCGACCUGACCGACCUGGGGCUGGUCAAGUCGCCACGGAAACCAUGCCACCACAAGAGUCCAAAUGCACGACUGGGCCAUGGUCUGGAUGCGCCAUGAGCAGUGAGUUCAGUGAUAGUACUUGCUCGACCGAUGAGCCGAGUGAGUGGGUGAAUGUCCUGCUUUCCAAGAGGCUCUGUUGGACCUUGACGAGAUUUAUUAUAGCAUUCAGCAUUGCCGUACUGGGCACCUGGGCUGCUCUUUGGCUGGGUACUCUUGGGUGCGGUAGGUGGAAUUACGGUUACCCUUAUCCACAAUUUGUUUGUUCGUCAGACUACUGGUUGUCCCCCAGGGAACCACUUCGGGGAGUGUUCAAGUUCCACAUUGGCCUAGUGUACUUCUUGAUUGUGUCUACAGGCUUAGCAGGUUUUGGAGCAAUGUGGUUGUGGUGGAACGCCUCUACGGCACACAUUCUGAAAGCAUCGCGCUUCUUGGUGAUCAAUUGGGUUGAAGGUUUGGCUUCCCUCGGCUUCGUCAUCUCUGAACUCUCCAGUAUGGACCAUAGCUUCUUAUGGUUAUAUUUGAGAGGGCUGGCGCAAGUUGCUGAAUUGGUUUUCCUACAACUGCUAAUCCAGCAUCGUUUUCAGAGCCUUUGGCCGGCGCUGAAUCAGCCUUGGCUUGCAACCUGGACGAGGCGAAUGUUUACGCUUGGCGGCAUUCUUCUUGGGGCCGGAUGUUUUCUUCUUUUCUUCGCUUAUGUCGAAGCCAGCGAUGGAUAUUAUGAUGAUUUUGCAUUGCCCGAUGGCAGUUGUGCUCACAUGCUGGUAGCAGUGUUGAUUCUCAUGUGUGCUUGCUUUCUCACGUGGGUGUCGCUGAUGUUCCGCACCUUGCACUCCAUUUUUCGAGGGCUCCAGGCGGCCCAAGUCCGAACGCAGAAUCAGACAACUCUCCAUUGGUCCAUGGCUUUACAACGAAGUCGCCGAGCAGCCUUGAUGCAAGGCCUCGGUAUGGCCAUGAUGUUGAUCACCACGGUCACUUUCUGUGGCAUCGCUGUAUUUGCAGCAAUUGCUGUCAUCGAGUUCCAUCCUCAUGUAGGCACAGUGGCAAGAGUGAAUACUGCAAUCAUUGCUCAAUGCUCCAACCUCCUUCUCAACAUGCUUGGCGCAUUCAUUUUUUCCGGCGCCCAUCGACUGAUGUGGCAGAGCUCGGAGUCUCUCUUAUCUCCCACAUCCUGCACGUGCAAAUGGCACUGGAAGUGUGCGCCGAAGCCCAAAAGGAUCACACAAGAUCCUCACUGGAAAGCUAAGACCAAGGACCUCGCUCGCCGCGGGCUGCGGCUGCGGGAUUUGUUGGACUUCUACAGGAUGUUGGGGAAGGAUGUGAUGCCUUCGUUUCAGCCUGGCCUUCAUACAACCAAUGAUGUGGUGAGACUGGCAAUCAUCCCCAUGACUUCAGCAUCGUGUACCUCCUAUGCCCAAGUUGUGAACGGAGCUGAAGGUGUAACGCCCCGAA